ACUCAAUGGGUCUCUCUUAGAGUUUGUGUGUGUAUGGGGGUGGGGGUCGGGGGGGUGAGAAAACCUGGAUUUGCGCUGGAAAUGGCCCACCUUGAUUUUCAUACACAUUGUAAGGAGAGUGGUCACUUUGGAUAAGCUAUUACCAGCAGGAGAGUGAGUUUGUAUGUGUGGUUUUUGGAAACGGUGGGGGGGGGGGGGGGGAAGUGAGAAAACCUGUAUUUGUGCUGGAAAUGGCCCAACUUGAUUAUCAUACACAUUGUGAGGAGAGUGGUCACUUUGGAUAGGCUAUUAGCAGCAGGAGAGUGGGGUGGGAGGACGUAUUGUUUCAUGGUCUCUGUGUGUAUAUAAUGUCUUCUGCAGUUUCCACUGAAUGCAUCCGAUGAAGUGAGCUGUAGCUCACGAAAGCUUAUGCUCAAAUAAAUUGGUUAGUCUCUAAGGUGCCACAAGUCCUCCUUUUCUUUUUGUGAAUACAGACUAACACGGCUGUUACUCUGAAACAAGUACUCCUUUUCUUCUUAGAAACUGUGUUACUAGAACCUAAUCUGGAUUCAGAUGGCACCUGAUGGGGAAGGAAAUGAAAGACAGCGCUGGUUAGUGGUCACUGCAGGGAAUGCCCAAGUUCUCAUCUCAUCUCAUCUCUGAUUCAGUGUGUGGCCCCAGAUAAGUCACUGGCUUGCUCUGUGCCUCAGCUUCCCCAUCAGUAAAACAGGAAGGUAAUGUUGCAACAAAUCUGUGGCCCCUAGAAAUCCGUGGUGGCUACUAUGCAUUGCAGCUACUGGCAAUGACCACUACAGAACUCAGAUUCUCUUGCUCCAAAAAACGCACUGAAAGCUAAAGGAGAAUCUCCAUUAGGGGUUGGCCGUAUGGCACCUCUGACACACGGCGGAGCCGUUCCAUUUCCCUCCAGGGGAGGGUAGUGGUGCGUGUAUACUCCAGCCAGCUCAUUGCAUGAUGGAGCUUGCUAAGUUAAUGAUGGUAAAGCACUUUCCAACGGCAAAGCAGCGUGACAGCUCCGCAUUGGCAUCUUUACGGCCUUUAACGGGAGGGUGUAAAUCGACUUGAUUCCUUCAUCCCAGCUGCAUGGGGGGCGGAUGCCGAAAGCAAUUAUCAUUACUUAUUUAGAUCCCAGGAGCACCCCAACCAAGAUGAGAGCCCCGGGCUUUGCCCGGAUGGGUUUACACUGCACACGGAAAGAAAACCUCCCUAGGACAGUCGAGGUGCCUUGCCCAAGGUCAGGCCCGCAGAGACAGGGCCCGAACACCAAGCGGCUGAGUGCCAGGCCAGCGCCUUGCCCUCCUCCCUGCCCCCUGGAAACGAUCCCGCCUGGGCCAGCCCCUGGCUGCCCGCCCGGCGGCUGCUCCGUGAUGCCGGCCCACGACGCCCUCUCGCCCGGUCCUUUUCCGCGGCGCCGCGUGCGAGGGACGCUAGGACCCCGCGGGAUCCUCCGGCAGCGCCCUGGGAGGUGCAGCUGUGUCUGGGGUUUGGCUCGGCUGGUCAGUUUCACCUCCCGGACCGACACCCGCGCCGCGCAGCCAAAGGCAGGGCGGCUCCCACCGGCAGCCCUCAGCACCCAGCGAGGCGCCCCAGGCCGGCAGGAUCAGCCGGCGCAAGGUGGGGGGAGACCGGGGUGGAACCUCUCUCCUGGGAGCCGCGAUUCUGCUGCGCACCGGGGACCUGCUCUCGUCUCCUCCUCCUCCUCCUCCUCUGCAGAGCCCCAGCUGCUGCUGCUGCUGCUGCUAACCUGCUGCUCCAGCCUGGGCUGGAGCCAGAGGAGAGGGGACCGGCUGCAGCUUUCCGUGGGCGAUCCAUCCCUUCCCCGGAGUUGGGGUGGUUUUAUUUGUUUGGAUUCGGUUACGACCAUCGUCGCCUCCCGGGCAGGAAGCUUGCGUGGCUCGGGGGAGCUCAGAGAGGCAGAGCCUGCGAGGAGGAAGCAGCCCGCCCCACCUGCCGCGGUAAUCACACUCACCUGUUCUCCGUUGGCGGCGCACCUGGGCAGCAGGGGCCGGUUUCGAGGCGGCGGUGAGCCGCACAACUUGGCGUUAAACGUUGAGGAGCCAGGGAGAAAAGGCGAAAGCCUCCCCCCCAGGGAGGAGAGACUCUGUCUACACACACACUUCUCCAGCGCAGAAAGGACCAGGGCGGCUCAGUGCUAUUUCCGGGGUUUUCCUCUAGCCUGUGCUGAAAUAUUUAUAUUCUUUUGCCUUUUUUGUUUGCAGGGGAGCCAUCUGGUGAGUCCUCCCCACCAGGAGCCCUUAGGAGACAGCUUCUGGUUCUCACUGUAGAGAACUUAAUUUUGAAAUCUGCUUUUCCUGCCUGUUCUGAAACCAUCUCCUCUUCCCCUCCUCCCCCGCCCCUACCUUUAAAAACAAAACCAUUCUGGUUUCAGAAUCUCUUAAUUGGGGCAAAACCAGUAUUUCCGUUUUUUUGGAGUGGGGGCGGGAGGGAGACAGACACCGUCCCAGGCCCACCGUGCCUAUUCUUGUUAAGGAAACUUAAAACUAGAAUUUGUCAGUGUCCCUUCCACGAGCAUGUCCACCCGGGAAAGCGUACAGAUCCCAGACGAUCGGGAUUUUAAUAAUUUCCGGACCGAAUGCAACUCGGACGCAGGCUGGAGUCAAACUUAUAACAAAUCGGGACUCGUUGUGUGGAUUCAGGUCUUGGAGGUGGAGAGAUCCCUGCAUAAAAUCAAGUGCAGGAUGGAGUGCAAGGACAUCGCCGCGGACACGCUCUACGACGUGCUGCACGACAUCGAGUACCGGAAAAAGUGGGACACGAACGUCAUCGAGACCUUCGACAUUGGGAAGCUGACCGUCAACUCGGACGUGGGCUACUACGCCUGGAAGUGCCCCAAGCCCCUGAAGAACAGAGACGUCAUCACCCUGCGCUCCUGGCUGCCCACGGGGGCCGAUUACAUCAUCAUGAACUACUCGGUCAAACACCCCAAAUACCCUCCAAGGAAAGACCUGGUGAGAGCGGUGUCCAUCCAGACAGGCUACUUGAUCCAGGGGAGAGGAGCCAAGAGCUGCUCCAUCACCUACCUUGCCCAGGUUGACCCCAAAGGUUCUUUGCCUAAGUGGGUGGUGAACAAAUCGUCUCAGUUUCUGGCUCCAAAGGCCAUGAAGAAGAUGUACAAAGCCUGCCUCAAGUACCCCGACUGGAAGCAGAAGCACAACCCUCACUUCAAGCCCUGGCUGUUCCCCGAGCAGAGCACCCUCCCCAGCGUGGCGCUCUCGGAGCUCUCCAUCCAGCAUGCCGACUCGCUGGAGAACAUCGACGAGAGCAGCCUGUCCGAGACCAAAGACGAUCGGGGCGAGGGCAGUGACGAGGACAGCAUCAACUGAGCCGCCCUCACUUCCCCCCCAGCCCCUUGCCCCUCCGCACCUGCCCAACCGGGUUCAUUUUGUCUGUGUAUCCAGUGCAGAUCGUGUAACACGCUCCCCAGCCCCAUCGCUCCCCACCCCGGCUAACGGGGCUGCUGUUAGUCAGGGCAUUUCUCAAGCAGGCUGGGGAUGGGAGAGGGACUUGUCCCUCCCUUGAUGCCAGAAAUCUGGAUUUCCCCAAGGCUUAGCCCUGCUUGUGCUUUAGGCCUGGACCCUCAAAGGUAUAACUCCCACUGGGCAUUAGGCGUCGAAAUACCUUUCAGGGUCCAGGCCUCUGUGCUUGGCAGUGGGAACACCAGCUCUCUAGCACCGAGCAGGAUUGAUGCCCCAUAGCUUGAGGGGAAACUUGUCUCUCUCCUGGCUGAGGAAAGCAGGAUGUGGGGGGAAUCCGUGGGACUGCAGAACCGUCCCCCUGGGCCGAUGGCCCAAGCUACGUUCAAAAUCAAACUCGUGGGGCCUUCUGGGAGCGUGGGCCACCUUCCCUGGUCUGCCCGGCAGCGCGGGCUGGGCACUGCCUUCUCAGAGGGCAGGGGACCAUCAACGGGCACCAGCGCGGUCAGCGUUGAGGGAGAGUCCCUGCCUGCAGGGAGCGGGGAAUGGAGCCCGUGAGGGGUGUGUGUGUGUGUGUCAGGCAUGGCUCUCCCAAGGGAGGAGGGCUUGGGAAACCUGCCCUUUGGUGAAGGACAUGACUGAAGCGGGAUUGGCGCUCCCGGAAAGCCGCAUGCUCCCCAUGUCGUUAAAUGGCUGUCUCUGUUUUCUUUGUUCUCCUGUAAGAGUUAGAACUGCCUUUUUCUGAUUGGGACCAGUUUAAGGGGACCCACCUCCCUAGGGGGGGUCCCUAGCUGCUUUGGGACUCUCCGGAGAGGGUGGGACCCCUAGGAGUCCUGGGCUCUCCUGUGAGAGGGGACCCAGAGGUCUUGACAUCUGAAUAUUUUCUCUGCGCUAGAAUUAGAGGCCUUGAAUCUGGAUUUUGAAGCCGGUUCCUUGAAAACACUCCCUGAAAAUCCCGUGUUCUGUUUCAUGGGGGAAAAGGAGAUUUUGUACCUUGUCCUGGAGCAGUUUAUUUAGGAAUAAAACGAAUAAAUCAGGCAA